GGGCCUGCCCUCCUACGUCAUCAUCCCCGCGCCGAAACAGGAAGUGACGACCAUUCUGGCGCGCGCCGGGCGCUGUUUCUUCUCAGGCUCCGGGAUCGGCGGCGGCGGCGGCGGCGGCGGUGUUUUAAGUCAAAUGGGUGAUGAAAAGGACUCUUGGAAAGUGAAAACUUUAGAUGAAAUUCUUCAGGAAAAGAAACGACGGAAAGAACAAGAGGAAAAAGCAGAGAUAAAACGCUUAAAAAAUUCUGAUGACCGGGAUUCCAAGCGGGAUUCCCUUGAGGAGGGGGAGCUGAGGGACCACCGCAUGGAGAUAACAAUCAGGAACUCGCCAUACAGAAGAGAGGACUCCAUGGAAGACAGAGGAGAGGAAGACGAUUCCUUGGCCAUCAAACCGCCCCAGCAAAUGUCUCGGAAAGAAAAGGCUCAUCACAGGAAAGAUGAAAAGAGAAAAGAGAAGCGUAGGCAUCGCAGUCAUUCAGCCGAAGGGGGGAAGCACGCCCGAGUGAAGGAGAAGGAGCGGGAGCACGAGCGGCGGAAGCGCCACCGGGAGGAGCAGGACAAAGCCCGCCGGGAGUGGGAGAGACAGAAGCGCAGGGAGAUGGCCCGGGAGCACUCCCGGCGGGAGAGGGACCGCCUGGAGCAGCUGGAAAGGAAGCGGGAGCGCGAACGCAAGAUGCGCGAGCAGCAGAAGGAGCAGCGGGAGCAGAAGGAGCGCGAGCGGCGGGCCGAGGAGCGGCGCAAGGAGCGGGAGGCGCGGCGGGAAGUAUCUACACAUCACCGGACCGUGAGGGAGGACUACGGCGACAAGGUCAAAGCCAGCCACUGGAGUCGGAGCCCGCUUCGGCCACCUCGAGAGCGGUUCGAGCUGGGAGAUGGCCGGAAGCCAGUAAAAGAGGAGAAGGUGGAGGAGAGAGACCUGCUCUCUGACCUGCAGGACGUCAGCGACAGUGAGCGGAAGACCAGCUCGGCCGAGUCCUCCUCGGCGGAGUCUGGGUCCGGCUCAGAGGAGGAGGAGGAGGAGGAGGAGGAGGAGGAGGAGGAGGGGAGCAGCAGUGAAGAGUCCGAGGAGGAGGAGGAGGAGGAGGAGGAGGAGGAGACGGGCAGCAACUCGGAGGACGCGUCCGGACAGUCAGCGGAAGAAGUGAGCGAGGAGGACGUGAGCGAAGAGGAGGAGCGAGAGGACGACAACCACGUCCUGGUCGUUCCAGAGUCACGGUUUGACCGGGAUUCCGGAGAGAGUGAAGAGGGGGAGGAGGAGGCAGGCGAGGGCACCCCCCAGAGCAGCGCUCUCACCGAAGGAGACUUCGUGCCCGACUCCCCGGCCCUGUCGCCCAUCGAGCUCAAGCAGGAGCUGCCCAAGUACCUGCCCGCCCUGCAGGGCUGCCGGAGCGUGGAGGAGUUCCAGUGCCUGAACAGGAUCGAGGAGGGUACCUACGGGGUGGUGUACAGAGCGAAGGACAAGAAGACAGAUGAGAUCGUGGCUCUGAAGCGGCUGAAGAUGGAGAAGGAGAAGGAGGGCUUCCCCAUCACAUCGCUGAGGGAGAUCAACACCAUCCUCAAGGCGCAGCACCCCAACAUCGUCACCGUCAGGGAGAUCGUGGUGGGCAGCAACAUGGACAAGAUCUACAUCGUGAUGAACUACGUGGAGCACGACCUCAAGAGCCUCAUGGAGACCAUGAAGCAGCCCUUCUUGCCAGGGGAGGUGAAGACCUUGAUGAUCCAGCUGCUGCGCGGCGUGAAGCACCUGCACGACAACUGGAUCCUGCACCGCGACCUCAAGACGUCCAACCUGCUGCUGAGCCACGCGGGCAUCCUCAAGGUGGGGGACUUCGGGCUGGCACGGGAGUACGGGUCCCCCCUGAAGGCCUACACCCCGGUCGUGGUGACCCUGUGGUACCGUGCCCCGGAACUGCUGCUCGGGGCCAAGGAGUACUCCACGGCCGUGGACAUGUGGUCGGUGGGCUGCAUCUUCGGGGAGCUGCUCACCCAGAAGCCUCUGUUCCCGGGCAAGUCGGACAUCGACCAGAUCAACAAAGUGUUCAAGGACCUGGGCACCCCCAGCGAGAAGAUCUGGCCGGGGUACAAUGAUCUCCCCGCGGUCAAGAAGAUGACCUUCACCGAGUACCCAUACAACAACCUCCGCAAGCGCUUCGGCGCUCUGCUCUCGGACCAGGGCUUCGACCUCAUGAACAAGUGCGUCCGCAUCCGCCCCCGCCCCGCCCACGCCCCGGGUCCCGCCCCGCCCCCGCGCUCCAGUGCCCUGUUCUCCCAGGUUCCUGACCUACUUCCCCGGGCGGAGGGUCAGUGCCGAGGACGGCCUGAAGCACGAGUAUUUCCGCGAGACACCCCUCCCCAUCGACCCCUCCAUGUUCCCCACGUGGCCCGCCAAGAGCGAGCAGCAGAGAGUGAAGCGAGGCACCAGCCCGCGACCCCCCGAGGGAGGCCUGGGCUACAGCCAGCUGGGCGACGACGACCUGAAGGAGACGGGUUUCCACCUCACCACCACCAACCAGGGUGCCUCGGCCGCAGGCCCGGGCUUCAGCCUCAAGUUCUGAGGUUCGGCCCGCCUGGAGCUGUUGACCUUGGGGGCUUGGGGGCGCCUGGGUCCGGACCCAGGUCCCACUCUGGAGAGGCGCGGCAGCCGGGGACCCACCUCCAGUCUCGGACUGCUAGUCUUGGGGAGUUUUCCACGUUUUGGUUUUAUUUUAUCUUGUAUAUUUGUAGAAUUAAAUCACAUUUUCCUUGUCGGGGGAGGUCAGCUGUAUGUUUUCGAGCGUAUCAGCCUUGCUCUGCUCUCUGUCCACACCCCACACCCCUUUCACCGCCGUGACCACGC